AUUUAUUUGAUUAAAUGCCAUCUCCAGAAAGAAAGAAGAAUAAACAUAAGAAAAAAGAUAAGGAUAGUAGUCAUAGAUCUUCUCCUAAGCAUAAAUCGAAGAAAAAAGUAUCAUUUUUUUCUAAUAUUAGAAAUCUUCAAGAACACCAAGUAGAGGAAAAAAAAAGGAUUACAAAAAAGAGAUUAAGGAAUCUCCUCAUAAUACAUAGACUUUAAGUGACAAGCAAUUAACAGAUAUGUUUGGAAGUCUUCCUGGAUUUAAUUUAGAAAUUUUAAAGAAAAUUUAAGAGCAAAUGAAAGAUGGAAGAAGGCCUUCAAAUGAUGAUUAAUAAUAAUUGAUGGGAUUAUCAGGUAUAAUAUGGAUUAAUAAAUUAUAGCAUUUGGUUUUCUUCCAAUUAUUAAUUAGCAGAUUCCUAUUGUGUUACCCACCCCUGGAACAAAAAAGAGCUCAAGAUAAUAAAAAAACAUGAAGAAUACUUUUAAGCAGAGAAUGUUAGUACCGUUUACUUAUGAUACAUUAAUGGUAAUCUUAGAAGAUUAGUUUUAUUAAGAAUAAUUAACAGAUGAUAUAUUAUCUUAAAUUAAGAAAAGAAUAAUUGAUCUAAUAAAAAAAAGAGUUUAAGAUUAAAAAUAAGAAGAAUUUAAUGAGAAAAUAGAGAAAUUAGAAUAGGAUCUCAAAAAACCCAUGAUUUAAGAUGAAUCAUUAUAGCAAUAAUAACAACAAUAACAAUUAAAUUUAAUUAAAAGUAUUUUCACAGUGCUUCAAAAUAAUAAAGAAGAUGGAAUUCAUAGCUAAUUAUAUACAGAUAUAAAAGAUUUACUGUAACCUAUGGAAAUUGAAACAUAAAAUAAUUUUGAAAAAGACCUUUAUGAGGAAGCAAAAUAAUUGUUUAAGUGAAGAUGAC